AUGGACGCCACAAUAGGCGCGACAGUGCCGUUGAGUUAUCAGAAGGUCAAAGUCACUCGAACCCACAUUAUGAACAAGUCGAAGUCCGCUAUCGACCCUUUGGGCGAACCGAGGAAAGUAGUCGUGCGCUCCCUCUCUGUUUCACAGCCGUUAGAUAUUGAACUUCGACGGCAUCAGCGGAUCAUUGAAAAUCAGGAACACUUGCCGAAGCGGUUAGAUUCACCCAGCUUUAUUAUUAAAGCCCCGCGUGGAGAUAAGAGCAAAGGUAGCAAAUGGAAAGGAAAGAUGUCGCGAAAAUCUCGCGGUCGGUCACGACGUAGGCGUUAUGGUCCUUCGCUGGAGCGUUUCCCGCCACCUAGAAUCACGAAAUCCAGCUACAGGAUUGUCCAAGAAAUGCCCUUCUGGCGUCUGGAUGCCAACAAGUUCAGGAGAACUGUCAGCACCUUUGAGUCUCGAGAGGUGCGAGAGUCUAAGUGGCGCCUAGCAGUCCUCCAGGACAUGCCAUUCUCUCAGUUGCCUUGGAAGAAGAUGCAAAAACUUUUCACUGAACCCGACUCGCCGAAGCUCAGGCGAAACCACGUGGAACAGGACGUGGUGGCGGGGAGCACGCAACUCAACACACCAAAUCAGCCGGAAAAGGGAUCCAGUGUCUAUGAUACUGCUGACUAUGGUGCAUUUGAUCCUGCGAUCAAAGUGCAACAGCGUUCAGUCGUUGAGAAAGACACCACAUUUGUCGACGCCGGAUUAGAGGUUAUGAACAGCAGCGCUGGUCCUGAGGGUGUAAAGAAUGGGCCUAGCCAGAAGCCACCCAAACCUAACUCAGGGAGAACGCUCAAAGAAGACAAGAAACCGGCUGCUGGAAAGCCACCAGACGUCAACCCACAACAGUCCAUCAGAACGCGAGUUGGUGGGUCGGAAUGCCGCAGCUGCGAUCGAAGGGCCUACCGAGCCGAGAGCAUUGAAGCGCUUGGCCAGGUGUUCCACAACUCGUGCUUCCGCUGCUCCGGCUGCUCCACGGUCCUCCAUCGGGGAAAUUGGAAUCACAAGGAGGGGAACUUUUACUGCAACCCAUGUCACCGCAAAUUAACCAUGCAAACUUUCCGACGCUAG